UCCGUAUCCCAACGUCUCUCGUCCCUGCAAGGAACACAUCUUCAGCGAAACUCUGUUGAAAUUGGGUUAAAUCAGAUGUCCGUGGCAGCCAGUAGUCUUGCAGGCUGUGGAGUCUAUUUCCUUCUAUUCUUGCACCCUGGUCCCGGCUUCCGGGGCGGCGGCCAUUACCCCCCCCUGGUCUACAUGUCACCUUACACGAUGUCAUGCCAACCCAGCCGGCAAUCUACUCACGAAGACUGCAGUCGUCGACCGACAGGCUCGCAUGCCGCUUUUUGGGUUGAAUCCGUUGCUACCUCGACAUGACGGCGACGCGUCCACUGGCCAACUAACGGUGAGGUGAAGAAGGCUUUGGAAUUGGUGUCCUCGGAGAAAACGCUUAGCGGGAUAAAGGGGGUUAAGAUGGGCAUACAAAGUGAGGAGAGUCCGACGCGGUCAUGCCCUCUGGGUCGAUCAAUCCGAUGUCUCAGCACAGCACGGCCGGCGGCGUCAACGCGUCGAGUCAACGGGCUCAAGCCACCUGCCAUCCAAUCAAAACGCACGGGUGCCCGUAUUCCCUCCCGUCCUGUCCCCCCCUUUCCGCCGUCUCGAGUCUCUGCCACAUUUCAAGGCUGGGGGCUAAUGCGGGCAAGCUGCAGAGAGUUCACGGACGGGGACCUCGAAGCUACAUUGCAGCUGAGGUGAGCUAUUGCAUAUUAGAUAGGUCCCGUAGAUUGACGGACGGUGGGACGUGCAAGCUGACCUCCUGGAAGAAUCUAGGUCUCUCUCUCUCUCUUUCUCUCUGUCCGUCUCUGUCCCUUGUUUCUGUCUUUCCAACGAGAAAGGGAUAAACAAUCGAUGAAGCUCAACCGGAACCGCUCCCGUGAGCUCAAUUGGGCCAAUUACAGCGCCACAAGCUCGCACACACCUUGAUCGAAGCAAAAUUCCCCAGUCCUAGAUUGCAUGUUCCUUGCGAAUGGAACCGUCCAGGUCCGGGGGGUCAGAUCCACCGUCCACGUAGCUCGGCAAAGAGGGCGGCCCUCGAAGGCCUUCGAUGGCUGCCGUAUCCCUUGCCUCCUCUCCUCUUCUCUCUGUCCGUUCCAGUCCAGUCCAGGGCAAGGCUGGUCCCAUGCCAACAGAAAAGGCAAGAUGCGAGUCAACUGCCCUAGUGUAACCCCCCCUCUCCCAGCGACAACGGCACAACGCGCACGACCUGCGCGGCGCAGGUAUGUGGAAUAAGCUUUUGCAAUGAAAUGCAGAAGAGGGAAAGCCUCUGGACAGGGGUAUCGUAUCUGUUCAUGGUGGCUUGCGCAUAUCCAGGACGCAUAUUUAUGCUCCCCCUCCCCCUUCCCGUCUCCUUGGGUCGCCACCGUUAACGUCCCUCUUGAACCAUCCUGUAUCUUAAUCCUAACGUCGGCUGUCCUUCGCUCUAUAGUCUCCCGCCACAUCACGAACCGAAUCCAGUCCUAAUACUUCGCUCUCGUUCUUCAACAAUCAACUACCAAUCACACUUCACAAUGAAGUUCACCCUCGCUCUCGUUGCCGCCGGCCUCGUCGCCGCUCAGGACUUCUCUGGCCAGCCCGAGUGUGCCAUCCCGUGUCUGCGCGAUGCCAUCCCCCAGGUCGGCUGCGCCCUGACCGACACCGCUUGCCAGUGCACCCCGGCGAACCAGCAGGCCCUCGUCCCCUUCGCCGCCUCCUGCCUGCUUGCCGCCUGCAACUCGGCCGACCUCGGCAGGGCCCAGGCCGCUGCCGCCGCCGCCUGCUCCGCCUUCCAGGCCACCGCCGGUUCUGCCCAGCCCACCGCCUCUGCUUCCGGUGCUGUUUCCUCUGCCGCCGCCUCGCCCUCGGCCUCCGUCUCGGCCGCCAUUUCCUCCGCUGUCGCUUCCGCCAGCGCGUCCGCCAGCGCCGCCCUGUCCUCCGCGUCCGCCGCUGUCACCUCUGCCCUCAACGGCACUGCCGCCGUCAGCAGCGCCACCCUGACCGCCUCGCGCACCGCCUCCACCGCCAACCCCUCCGGCACCGGCGCCAGUGCCAGCACCACCACUGCUGCCUCCACCAACGCCGCUGCUCAGGGCUCCGUUGCCGUCGGUGGUCUGGCCCUCGCCGCCAUUGCCGGCAUCGUUGCCGCCCUGUAAGCGGGCCUUGGGCAGAAGAUGUGGUGAAGUCUUUUUUUUCCUUUCCCCUUCAUGCGGAUGAGAGAGGACUGUAUGUGUGGGAUGAACUCUGGCCGGACGUCUAGAAUGUUAUGAGGAUGGACGGUGGAACUGAGACAAGUAAAAAGGUUUCAUGAUCAUGGCCUGUGGGUUGCCGGUGAUGCAACGUCUUUCCGCGAGACACAGGGUAACAUACUUUAAUUGAAUAUACCAAACAAUGUUAGACAAUCACGCUUGCAUGAAGGCU